AUGAACUUCAUUAAAACUCGACCCCGACUCAUCGGAGCGCUCUCUCUAACAGCACUCGGCGGUGUGGUCGCAUAUCUCAGCCACCGUCGACUGGCCCGAUCAUGCCCUAGGGUCCCUAUUACAGAACUCCCAAAGUCAAGCGCAUGUCGCAAACUUGUCGAAGAAGCCGGUGAACCCACCUCCCAACCUCCAUGGGGAAUGAAAAGCUCAACUCUACUAUCCUCGUGGGUAGGUAGCACGAAGACAUACUGGAUUUCAUCUUUUACGGCUCUUCAAGUGGAAGUCCCAGUGUCCCUCCUUGUAGGGUACGGCGCGUCACACGACUCGACAAGCCCCAACAAAGGAGACGAUACAUACCACCUCAUGAAGAACUUCGUGGCUGUGUUCCUCGAUGCGCGAGCUACUGGACCCGAGUCCUUGGUCUUAGAUAAAGACGUGCCGUCGUCGUCACUCAUCCCUGGCAGUUUGUUAUUUGGAAGACAGUCCGGUCUCGGGGCAUUCUUGCUAGGAACGUGGAGCUCUCAAGGGUUGAAGUCUGUCGAACCAUUGGAGUUACCUUCGAAUGCCCCUUUGCCAUGCACCGAGUUCCCUUCAAAUCGAGACAUCGUUGAGAAUAGUGCUGCGGACACUGCUGGAGCAGUGUUAUAUUGGAAAUUUCCGAACAGUCUGGUUGGCGCGAUCGAUGAUGCAGCAUCAUAUGGCAUGCCUUGGCGGCUGAUGGAGGGUGGCUUCCAGGAGUUUAUUGUUGAGCGGAUGUCUGAAGACACGGCCAGAGUGACGUACGUGACAGUUGAAUGUACGGAUCUUCAUCCUGGCACGCAGUCCUCGAGGAAUUUUAAGAUGCUGCCAAAGCUAUUUUAUGAGGCGCAUGUGCUUUAUGCGCAGAGCCUUUUGAAUAAGAGCCUAAGACGGUUGGAAAUUCGCUCCCGUGUAGAGAAGUGA